AAAUCAUAUGAAUUUCUUCUUUUUCCUUUGGGAUAUAAACACGUGUUUAUUCAUGUGUCCCAAACUGAAGUUAUUUGUGCGAUAAAUGAUUACAAAAUAGUACAAAAUGAGUUUGUACAACUUUAAAAAGAUCGCCGUGGUCCCCACGGCUAAGGACUUCAUCGAUAUUAUAUUAUCUAAAACACAAAGGAAAACACCGACCGUCGUACAUAAACAUUAUAAAAUAACAAGAAUACGUGCGUUUUAUAUGAGAAAAGUUAAGUUUACGCAACAGAACUUCCACGACAGAUUGUCUAGAAUUAUACAAGAGUUUCCAAAACUUGAUGAUGUACAUCCAUUUUACGCUGACCUUAUGAAUGUGUUGUACGACAAGGAUCACUACAAACUUGGUCUCGGACAGCUUAAUACAGCCAGACAUCUUAUUGACAACGUAGCAAAAGACUAUGUUCGGUUGCUCAAGUUUGGAGACUCACUGUACCGAUGCAAGCAGUUAAAGCGAGCGGCGCUCGGCCGAAUGGCCACCAUCAUGAAGAGGCAGGCUGCCAAUCUCACCUACUUGGAACAGGUCCGUCAACACUUGGCCCGUCUGCCCUCCAUAGAUCCGUACACUCGUACUAUCAUCAUCUGCGGAUUUCCAAAUGUCGGCAAGUCGAGUUUUAUCAAUAAGAUAACAAGAGCAGAUGUGGAAGUACAGCCGUACGCGUUCACAACAAAGAGUUUGUAUGUCGGACAUACAGAUUACAAAUAUUUAAGAUGGCAGGUGAUAGACACUCCGGGUAUCCUGGAUCACCCUCUGGAACAGAGGAAUGUGAUAGAAAUGCAGGCGGUGACUGCCCUGGCCCACCUCCGGGCCGCCGUAUUGUUUGUCAUGGACCCUUCCGAGCAGUGCGGACAUAGCCUCGAGGAACAGAUAUCCCUCUUCGAGAGCAUCAAACCAUUGUUCAGUAACAAACCGUUGAUCGUAGUCCUGAACAAGAUGGACGUCAUCAAACCCGAAGACUUGCCGCCCAAUAAGAGAGUUCUGAUUGAAGAGUUGGAAGCCACCUGCGCUAAAGGGAAUCUUGUUAAUGCCGAUAACAAUUCAGAGCUCCGGACUGUCCCAGUCAUGAGGAUGUCUACCAUGACCGAGGAGGGUGUCCAAGAGGUCAAGAUAGAGGCCUGCGAGAGGUUACUGGGUCACCGGGUCACCGAGAAGAUGAGGACUAAGAAGGUGGACGGAAUCCUGAACCGUCUCCACGUAGCCAUCCCCUCACCCCGGGAUAAGAAGGAGAGACCCCCAGUUUUGCCCCCCAAGGUUUUGGAGAGGAUGCAGAAGGCCCAGAAGGCUCAGAAGGCGGCAGAAGUAGAGCCAGAAGUAAGGGAGACCAGGAAGAGAAAGUUAGAGAGAGAGAUUGAGUUAGAGCAAGGAGAUGAUUAUGUUCUCGACUUGAAGAAGAACUAUGCCGAUAUUGAUGAAAAUGAACGCUACGACCCGAUACCAGAGUUCUGGGAGGGACACAACAUCGCUGACUACAUCGACCCUGAGAUAUUUGAUAAACUGGCGGAACUAGAGAAGGAAGAGGAGUUGAGGAUAGAGGGAGGACUGUACGCUGUGCCUAAGAUCGAGCUGGACGAAACUAUGAAGGAGAUAAGGGACCUGGCGCGGCAAAUACGUAACAAGAAGGCGAUCCUCAAGGAUGAAUCUAGAUUGGUGAAACAGUCCACCAAACCGAUCAUGCCGAGGACGAGUAGGGCGAGAGAAAAGGGCAGGUCCACGAGCAAACUUCGGGACGAGAUGGAGAAGUUGGGUGUGGACAUGUCGGACACCAAGAAAGCACACUUCACCCGAUCCCGGUCACGGUCUAGAUCUCAAUCAGCGCCGGCCGCUAAGAGGGCUCGUACUGAAACCACACUUGCUGUCAAGGGCAGGGACACGCUGGGCGUGAAGGACCUCGCGAUGAAAAAGAAGGCAAAGGACAUGGCUCACAUGGCUAUUGCCAAAAAGACAAAGAAGAUGGGUCUCAAGGGAGAAGCAGAUCGGUUCAUCGGAACCAAGAAACCCAAACAUUUGUUCGCUGGCAAGCGUGGAGUUGGCAAAACAGACAGACGAUAGGCUUUCUGAUAGCGGUCGUCCAUCAAAGACGAGGGUUGACGUGAUACUACCUUUAUUUAAUAAACAUCUUAUACUAUCACACCUUC